CACGAAGGCAUUGAUAUCGAUAUCCAACGAAAAGGAGACCCCCGGCACACAACCCUCACCAAACUCACCAACCUAAUGGACCUCUACCCCCUCCUCUACGUCCGCGGGAUCCCCGACAGCGGCAAAGGAACCGUGAACCAAUUCCGGCGCGAGAAUAUCAUGCUAAUGACGCGGGAGCAAGAAGCGAAUAGUUUCUUCCUUCCAGUGGAUAAGCCGCUGGAGGAGUUCGAUUCUGAGGAUGAUCGUCUCCUCACGCAGAUUUUGGGCUCGUUUAAUCGGCUCUGUAAUGAUCCGCAGAUCUUCUUCCUGGUGAUUUAUUUUUUGACCCUGUCGGCGUGGUUAAGUGAUCGGUUUAUUAAGCAAGUGGUUUUGCCCUAUUUGCCCGCACCGGGGGCGGGGAUGAGGGGGUUGAGAUAG